AUGCCUCGUAAAUGCAAAAGGCGAAAGCAAGCUUGGGUUGCUCUUUUGCACCGUUAUAAAUGUGAAAAAGAACAAUUUUCAUCUGAUGAAGAGCACUAUGAGCCAGCAUCAAUGGCUAUAAAGGAGAAUGAAAAAGGUGAUGAUUUCAUUCUGUCAGAUGAAGAUGACGAUGAUUCGUUGAUGGAUAUAAAUGGCUUCAAAUCAAGACUAGAUUUGUUCAGCAUUGGUGAUCUAUUUGAAUUAUGCAAGCUUGAAUGCGGUUCGCGUAAACUUUCUGUGCUUGUAUAUAUGGUUCUACGUUAUUUUGAUCAUACAUGGCGAAAUAUAUUGAUAGAAGAUAUUAUGAAAUAA